AUGGAAACGUGGAGCGGCGCGCGCGCCGGGCCGGGCGGCGAGGCCACGCUGCAGGGGCUGCGCGCCGCCACCAACUACUCCGUGUGGGUGCGUGCGCGCGCCGCCGCCGGGCCCGGCCCGCCCGCGCCGCCCGUCUACUGCGCCACCGCCGACGACGUGCCCGAGCCCGUGCAGCACGUGCGCGCGCUGCCGGCCGGCGCGGCCGCCGUGCGCGUCACGUGGCUGUCGCCGGCCGCCGCGCACCUCACGCACUACACCCUGUACACGCGGGAGCUCGGCAAAGUGGGCGGUGAGUGGGCGCAGCGCGUGGAGGCCGCGGCGCCGGAGAGCACGCUGGGCGGCGCCCUGGAGCAGUGGCGCGAGGUGCGCGGCCUGCGCGAGCGCACCGUGUACGAGUUCUGGCUGCGCGCCGCGUCGGCCGCCGGCGCCGGCGCGCCCAGCCGCCCCGUCACGGCCGCGCCCGCUCCCUCACUGAUGGCCAGGAUAUCGUCGUUCAGUCGCGUGGUGGUCGCAGCUCUCGGGUCGCGCGUGCGGUUGCGCUGCGCGGCGGUCGGGGCUCUGCCGCUACGCUGGCGCUGGUCGCCGCUGCCCGGCGCACACACGGUCACUGACGACGGGGAUCUCAUCAUACACAAGGUGGAGGCGGCGGCGAGCGGCAACUACACGUGCGAGGUGCGCAACGCACUGGGCUCGGACGCGCUGGGCGUGGCGCUGUCGGUGCGCGCGCCGCCCGCCGCGCCCGCGCCGCGCCUGCGCAGCGCCGCCGCGCACGAGCUGCGCCUCGCCUGGGACCCGCCGCACGACGGCGGCGCGCACAUACUCGGUAACACGAGCCUAAUCAACUUCUAAAUCGGCCAACACGCUU